AUGGCUCGGACUGGAGUGGGUGUCACCGUGGCGACUGCGUCCGCUAGUGUGGCGGGGAGGUGGAGACUAGUCAUUUCCUCCCCUCCCAGAUUCUGGACCAAGCUCGCCAUGAUGCUACUGAUGCUGCCCGCCCCCGGCACUUCUUGCUCCAGCCUCGGCCACGAGGGACACAAUGACACCGCCGCCUGCACCGGUCAUGUCGCCUGCGGCACCCGCCUCAACCAACGAUGCCGUGGCGCCUAUGGCAUUUAUACUGAGAUGUACUCAGUGCCGAACGGGGAGCAAGCCCAGGAGGGAACGGAGAUGCUGACUAAAAAGGCCGCCAAGCAGCUCAAGACUGCCCCUUCGAAGCCUCGGAAGGUCUUGCCCAAGAUCAAAGUGGAUGUUUCCGUCACUUCUGUCGCUGCUACUUCCAUGACCUCCAUGGACAUUGAUAAGGACCAAGACGAUGAGGAGACUGAGGAUGCAUCCACUUCCAAAGCAGCACCACCGAAUGUCAUUGAUCUUCCAGACGAUGAUGAAGACGUGCCUCAGAAGACCAUGGGAAGAAAGGGCAGGAUCUUGAGCAGGAGGGCGCCUGCAAGCAAGAACUACACAAGUGCGCCGAACCGAACUGCACGGCGACAAAACCUACCACCUACCCCAGUAGUGCCCAACACGACGCACCCCACGCUCACACACAACCCACCUCCUCUCCCACCUUCUUCCUCCUACGGUUGCCAGAGCCCCGCAUCGCCCUGCCUUCCUCUGCGCGCCGCCGCGCCGACCACCCAACGCAGCCUCGAUCCGCCGAGCCACCUCCGCCUUGCCCUGAAGCCGCCGCUGCUGCUGCCAGGGCCCCGCCCCACCCCAGAGGCCCUUGAAUCUCCGUGCCAACCGCCGCCCUCCCCGGCAUCCCUCGCCAGAGGAUCGGCCACCCCCAACCUCCCUUGCCGCCAGAUCGGGCCGCCCCGGCCUCCCUUGCGCCGGAUACGGUCGUCCCCGGCCUCCCUCUCCGCCGGAUCGGGCUGCCCCGAUCUCUGUUUGCCGUCCCCGCGGCCUACUGAUGUCACCGUGGCCCUCUCCUCCCCAGAUCCAGUGAGCCUCCCAUGGCCCUCUCCUCCCCAUACCCCGCCGCAACUGGCCAGCAGCCUUCCUCCCAUGUCUCGCCGGUGCUACAUCAUACGGCGCGGAUCCGGUUGCACCGCCCCAGGCGCCCUGGCGCAUCCCAUGGCCAUGGCGGGAUCCCCACUGCCGGCGUGCCCCUUCCCACCAGCUGCCCUGAUGGCCGCCUCCCCCGUCCUCUUCUGCUCCAUUGCCAAACACCACCGCAGAUUUUGGUUGCAAGUGUAAAGAGAAAAAAGUGAUUCAGUGUGGUACAUGAUGAUAUGUAGUUUUAGCACCGCAGUCACGCAGGCCAUGGAGUGUGCGUCACCGUCCGUGGGCGUGUGCAGUGCGGCGCGUGGGUGCUUGCAGUACGCAACCCGCCUAUUCAACUGAUUUUUUUGAUCUAGCUAGUGUUGAUUUUGUGUGUAUGUAUGUGUGUGGCUGUGUAAAACAAAUGGGUGAAUGUAUUAUCUCCAUGAGCAUCAUCAGCAGCCAUAGACAGUGGCGCAAAACAUAAAGUGUGCAUGUAGUUUGGUUAGCUUGUUCUUGCAGUACUUUGUUUUUGUUUUGUGAGGUUCACUUGUUCUUUAAAUUAUUCAGCGAAUGUUGGUGUGAGGUAAAAUUAUUAUGGUGGAAAAAAA